GUAUGCAGGUCUUUGUUUGCGCUUCGAAAUUACUCCUGUAAGGGCAGCCACAGUGAGGCCAGACCUUUUAGUGUCGAAUAAAAAUGAUAAAUCACUUCUCGUUGAGGUCCACAGCUUUUAUACUUUACAUUUGCCGGAAGCUCCUGGAAAACGUUAUGAAAAACGUCCGUCGCGUUUAAACUAGACGUUGCUAGGCAACCGCCGAGCGGCGGGACUUCUGACAGGAGCUAACUUUUCAUGAAAGAUGAGACACGACGUUGUGAGGUCUACGAAGGCCUGCUUCCUUAUUUAUUGCAUAUCUCCUGGUGUCAUCUGCAUCUGAGAGUCGGCAUGGACGUGAAAGAGGAGUUGCUGGACAUUCUUCGGAAGUUGUGGACCAAACUGCAGGGUCUCCCACAAGCCAGUCCUCUGGAGCAGGGAGCCUUCUUUGUGCUCAUCCUCUUUGUUGCCACGUUUCUCUUCAUGAUCGUGCUGUCCUGUGUCCACUGCUGCUGCUGUGGAAAGCCAAAAUACCAGGUCUCCAGGGUUCGGCCUCUACAGCCCGUCUGAGGAGAAGACAGAGAACAGAUUCCACAAGUAAAUACAGCCUCCAUCCUUCCUGCAAUCAUCCACAUGAUACAAGGCCUUUAUUUCAAGUUACAAAAAAGGAAAUGUUUCUUUUCAAUGUCAGCGAUAUCUUGGAGGGAAUCAAAGGAGAUUCAUCAAGGCAUGAAUGGGGACAUAUUUCCAUGACAUUCCCAGUUCUGGGAUAAAGAGCCAUGCCACUGGGAUCCAUAUAAAUCAGCAGAGUGGCAAGACUCAUCAAAAUUCAUUACAGACCAGGACAAUGAAAUACUGUGUGGCAGCUCUUUCCAACAACAAAAACCUUAAAGUGCAAUGGAUGAAAAGAUACAGUAAGAAAGCUGAUAUGUGCGUGAAUGUCACAGUGACUGUGUUAUGACAAAUUCAGUGGUUUUGAAUCCUGUUGAUAUUCAUCAGGAAUGGGAAAAACAACACAGAAAAUAUACAGACAUUCAAACUUGUCAAUGCAGCAGGGACUUGUAGUUCAAUUUUUUCAACAGAAACGUGCUUCUGCGAAAAGACAGGGCGCCCUCUGCUGGUCCAGUGAAGAGAAUUUGAUUUUUGUAAAUUGUAGCCAAUGGAAAAUGUGAGCUGUUCAUUGUUUGACAUACAACAGUUACAUAAGUAUUCUCAUUAUAGUGUAACAUAGAAGUGUUGCACCUUUUUUUUACCGAGGCAAUACAAAUGUUCUGACGCAGUGUUUGGUUGUUCGUACCUG